AUGGCUGGUACACCUACACAACAUGCCUUGGAAUCGAGAAUCUCAUGGCUAUUCCUCAACUCCCUACGAGUCUUCACCGAGACUCAGCGGUUCAGGGACCCAGGCGGCCACCCAGCCGGCCGGCACGCGCGCUGGACGCUGCGACCAAGCCAACCUUGCAAUAUAAUAUUGUGGAGAAAGCAAUAUUUGGUGAAGAUUAAACAAUACCGCAGAGAGGGUAGAUUUAUAUAUUACCAAGAUGAAACAUGGGUUAAUGAAGGUAUACUGCCAAGGCUUAAGCCAAAUUCUGUUCUUGUCAUGGACAAUGCCCCUUAUCAUUCUAGAAGAAUGGAAAUUGGCCCCACAAAGAAAUGGAAUAAGGGCCAACUUAUUCAGUGGCUACAAGAGAGGAAUAUAGUGUGUGACAUGUCGAUGCUAAGGGCACAGUUAUGGGAUUUAGUGGAAAAAGACAAACCCAAAUUUGAAAAAAAAGCAGUAGAUGAAUUAGCGGCUGCCCAUAAUAUUACAAUUUUAAGACUGCCCCCAUACCACUGCGAAUUGAACCCAAUAGAAUUAGUGUGGGCACAAGUGAAGGGGCAUGUCGCAAAAAAUAAUAAAACUUUUAAAAUGGCAGACGUCCAGUCACUCUUCCAUGAAGGUUUGGAGCUUGUCACACCAGAGCGGUGGAGAUCUUGCAUAGAGCAUGUUAUAAAAGUUGAAGAUGAAAUGUGUCAAUUAGAUCUUUUAAUUGAUGAUGUUACAGAGCCAUUUAUUAUAAAUACUAAUGAUGAUGAAUUGAGUGGAUCUGAACUUGAAGAUUAA